CAAAACCAUUAAACCCUUUGAAUCUUCAUCAUUUUCACCAUUUGCUUAAUUCCUGCACCAAAAUUUUGUAUCAGAACCAGCAGCUAUGAACCGCGCAAGGACAGUACUCGCAUCUCUUAGACUUUCCGGUCACCGGACCUCCACUCGGCUCUCAACAAUCCGGCCAGUCUUAACUCAGGUGACUCAGUUCUCUUCAUCUUAUUAUUAUAAUACCCAUCAAAAGCAAUACUUCUCUUCAAAAUCAAGCUCCCUUGUGGAGCUAUUAUCGACCAAUGAUUGGUCACCUGAGUUAGAGACCGAGUUAGAAAAUUCAAAUCCGAGUUGGACUCAUGAGACAGUUAUUUAUGUUUUGAAGAAGCUAGAUAAUGACCCGGAUAAAGCUUAUCCAUUUUUCAAUUGGGUUUGUAAUAGAAAUGGAUUUAAACCGAGUUCUCCGUUAUAUAGUUUAAUGCUUAGGAUUUUGGUUUUGGAGAAUUACAUGAAGCCUUUUUGGAUUACUUUAAGAAAAAUGAAAGAAGAAGGGUUUUAUAUUGAUGAGGAAACUUAUUUGACCAUUUUAGGAUCUUUUAAAAAAAAGUUUAUGGAUAGUGAUUCGGUGGCGUUUAAACAUUUUUUUGAGAGGAUGGUUAAAGAGAAUGCUAUGGAUAGUGUUGUAAGGAAUGUAGUUCAUGUUGUUAUGAAAACGGAGUGGAGCGAUGAGGUUGAGCAACAAUUGGGGGAUAUGGGAAUCGUUUUAGGUGAUAAUUUUGUGAUUAGGGUGUUGAAGGAGCUUAGGAACUAUCCUUUGAAAGCGUUGCAGUUUUUUCGUUGGGUCGGUAAGUGCGAAGGUUAUGAAUGUAAUACUAUUACAUAUAAUGCAAUGGCUAGAGUGCUUGGUAGGGAUGAUUCCAUUGGAGAGUUUUGGAGUGUUGUUGAGGAGAUGAAGAAUGCUGGUCAUGAGCUGGAUAUCGACUCUUAUAUAAAGAUUUCGAGGCAGUUUCAGAAAAUCAAGUUGAUGGAGGAAGCUGUGAAGCUUUUUGAAUUUAUGAUGGAUGGUCCGUUCAAGCCCUCGGUUCAAGACUGCACUAUCCUCUUGAGGAGUAUCUCAGCUAGUGAUAAUCCGGAUUUAAGUUUGGUCUUUAGAGUCGUGAAGAAAUAUGAAGCUGCAGGAAAUUCCCUCUCUAAGGCUAUUUACGAUGGAAUACAUAGGUCGUUGACUGCUGCAGGAAAGUUUGAUGAAGCAUGGGAGUUGAUGAAGGUUAUGAAAAAUGCAGGGCACAAGCCUGAUAACAUUACGUACAGUCAGUUCGUUUUUGGACUUUGUAAAGCAAAGAGACUGGAAGAAGCAUGCAAGGUUCUGGAUGAAAUGGAAGCACACGAAUGUGUUCCCGAUAUCAAGACAUGGACUAUUUUGAUUCAGGGACAUUGUGCUGCUAACGAACUGGGGCAGGCAUUGAUGUGUUUUGCCAAUAUGAUGGAGAAAAACUGUGAUCCUGACGCUGAUCUACUAGCUGUGUUAAUAGACGGUUUUCUCAGUCAAAACAAGAUAGACGGUGCGUACACUAUGCUUCUUGAUAUGGUAAACAAGGCUCGUUUAAGACCUUGGCAAGCUACUUACAAACUUCUCAUCGAAAAACUUCUAGAAGUAAGAAAACUCGAGGAAGCGCUAAACCUACUUCGAUUAAUGAAGCAACACAAUCAUCCUCCUUUCCCUAAGCCGUUUGUUCAAUAUAUAUCAAAGUUUGGGACUGUGGAGGAUGCUGUAGAUUUCUUCAAGGCACUGAGUGUGAAGGAAUAUCCAUCAACUCCAGCUUACCUUCAUGUUUUUGAAUCCUUUUUUAAGGAAGGUAAACAUUCUGAGGCCAAAGAUCUAUUAUUUAAGUGUCCUCAUCAUAUACGGAAGCAUCCGAAAAUCAGUGAACUGUUUGGCUCUGCAGAAGCUGGCAAUGUAGCUUCUUGAUUAUAUUUUCUUAUCCUUGUACUGUAGCUCAUAAAGAUUCUUUCACAUUCCUUUAAGAAUACUAAUGAUUUGUAGCACUUGAGUUGAUUUAUGGAGCAUAACCUUUUUUAAUCUACUGAUACAUUUCACUUGUA